AUGCAAAUCAUCUUUAAGGAUUUCAAAAAGCAAAAGAUUCAGGUGGAUGUGGAAUUGAGCGACACCGUCCUUCAAACUAAGGAAAAGGUUGCCAGUAUAAAAGAAUGUGAUGCCAGUCAGUUAAAAUUCGUCUAUUCUGGAAAGGUUUUGCAAGACGAUAAGUCUUUAGAGUCUUUCAAGGUAAAGGAAGGCGACUCGAUUAUAUUUAUGGUUUCAAAGGCAAAGAAAGUUUCUCCAGCAGCUGAGGUCAAGACUGAAGCUACGGCGUCAAGCACCGACUCACCUGUUGGUUCUGAGGCUGCUUCAGGAUCAGGAUCAGGCUCUGGCUCAGGCUCUGGCUCUGGCUCCGACUCUUCUCUGGGAGCUGCUGCCUCGGCCGCUGCUUCAACCAAUGUUGAACCGUCCACUAGUGCAAGCACAGAAACCCCUGCUGCAUCAGAAGCCACUGAAUCCACCUUUGCCCAAGGCUCUGAAAGAGAAGCCAGCAUUCAAAAUAUCAUGGAAAUGGGGUAUGAAAGGUCUCAGGUGGAAGCUGCCUUGAGAGCCGCUUUCAACAAUCCACACCGUGCUGUGGAAUACUUGUUGACUGGUAUCCCAGAGAGCCUUCAGCAACGAGUACAGCCACGAGCCGCAGCUCCACAAGCACCAGCACCAGUAGAAGAAUCAACAAAUAAUGAUAAUGAUAAUGAUGACGACGAAGAUGACGAUAUGGAAGACGACACAACCCAUGGCGAAAACUUGUUCGAAGCUGCAGCUGCAGCUGCCAAUACUGAUGAUAGAGGUGGGAAUGAGUCCGCUGCAUCUGGUGGAGCAGGCGGAGACUUGGGCUUACCCGACGAAGCUCAGAUGGGAUUGUUAAGAAGUGCAUUGCAGAAUAACCCUGAAUUGAUUUCUCCUUUGUUGGAGAGAAUUGCCGCUGCUAGUCCACAAGCCGCUGCAUUGAUCCAGCAAGACCCAGAAUUAUUCCUUAGAACCUAUUUAAAUUUGGGCGAUGAUGACUUUGAAGACGGCGAAGGAGCAUUGGAAGGUGGUGCAGAUGAAGAGGGCGACGAACCUGGUACAAUUCGUAUUGAAAUAACAGAACAAGACGAAAGUGCUAUUGUUAGAUUGUGCGAACUUGGUUUUGACCGUGAUCUUGUAUUGCAAGUUUACAUGGCCUGUGACAAGAACGAAGAAGUUGCAGCUGACAUUUUAUUUAGAGAUGUGUAA